AUGCCUAUUGCAACAGAAAUUUGCAACAGAAAUAUUCCCUCGCAAAAUUGCAACGGAACUACGAGUGAAUAGCGACGAGAAACAAUACCCUCGCAAAACGCUUGCAAAUUUGCAACGAAAUAAGUUCCUCGCAAAUUUGCGACCAGUUUGCGAGGGAAAUAUGACAAACCGACGCAAAGCCGACGCAAAUUUGCGAUGAAAAGUCUUGUCGCAAAACCGUUGCAAAUUUGCGAGGAUUUUGCAUUCGAAGUGCAUUUCAAAUUAUUCUCCUUGCAAUUUCGUUGCAAAACAGAUAGGUUUUAUAAUACACGUUUUUUUUUUCGUGUAACUAAUUUAUUAACCUCGCAAAUUCCGUCGCAAAACGGAUAAGUUGGUGAUAUACGUUUUCUAUAUGUGUAACUAAUUUUUGCAAGGGAAAGAAUGCCCACGUUAAUCCCUUGCAAAGUUGUUAGAAUUCCCUCGCUAAUCCCUUGCAAAUUUGUUAAGCAUUGCAAAACCGUUGCAAUAUCUGUUGCAAUUCACUCGCAAAUCCCUUGCAAAAACCUUGCAAUUAUCUUUUAAAUGUCUAUAUAUAGCAGCUGUGAUCAGUUAGUAAAACAUAGAAGAAAAAAAAACAAAAAAAAGUUGUACAAAGAAGGAAUUUAAAAAAAAAAAAAAAAAAGAGUUGAGAGAAAAAUAUAUUAAGAAAGAAAAAAGAAAAAAAAUUGAGAGAAAAAUGGCGUCCAGAAAUGAUAUAUAUGCGUUACGGGCAUGGACGUACAAUCAUAGAGAUCCGGAUACCGGUGAAGUGACGAGAGAAUAUCGGGCGGGGCUACGGGGUUUCUUACAACAGGCAACUAACCAACCAUUUGCAAGGGAAAAUGGUAAAAUAUUCUGUCCCUGUGUAAAAUGCAAGAACGAACCAUAUUUAGAAAUUGAUACUGUGAAGAAGCAUCUAUAUAAUAGAGGAUUUAGACCACAGUACUACAUAUGGUUUUUGCAUGGGAAAGGUGCAUCAAGUAGUAGUACGGGUCAGGGAUUUGAACUACCAAGUUAUAAUGCUAAUUAUUAUGAUCCUCGUGAGUCAAAUAUGUUUGGAAAUAAUGCGGGUGAUGGGUAUGAGCAAAAUAUGUUUGAAAAUAAUGCGGGAGAUAGGUAUGAGCAACAUGGAAAUAGAUAUCACAAUAUGGUUACAGAUGCAUUGCAUGAAGCUGCUAUUCCUGAUAGUAGUAGGGAAGAACCUAACAUAGACGCACAAAGGUUUUAUAAUAUGUUAGAUGCUGCCAAUGAACCUAUCUACGAAGGAUGUAGAGAAGGGCUUUCUAGAUUAUCACUAGCAUCUAGGAUGAUGACAAUUAAAAGUGAUCAUUCUCUAAAUGAGAAGUGCAUGGAUUCGUGGGCUCAACUCAUUAAUGAGUAUUUACCGGAAGGUAAUCUUGCUGCCGAUAAUUUUUAUGAAAUUCAGAAGCUAGUUGCGGGUCUUGGUCUACCAUCUGAAACAAUUGAUGUGUGCGUUGACAACUGCAUGAUUUUCUGGAAAGAUGAUGAAAAUCUGGAGGGAUGCCGAUUUUGUAAAAAGCCAAGAUAUCAAGAAACCACAGGAAGGAAUUGUGUGCCUUACAAACGUAUGUGGUACUUACCGAUCACAGAUAGAUUGAAGCGUUUAUAUCACUCAGAAAGGACAGCCGCGUGGAUGAGAUGGCAUGCCCAACAUUCGGUGAAAGAUGGCGAGAUUACACAUCCCUCAGAUGCUAAGGCAUGGAAACACUUUCAAACCGUAUAUCCCGACUUUGCGAGUGAGUGUAGAAACGUUUAUCUUGGUCUAUGCACGGAUGGAUUUAGUCCAUUUGGUAUGUCUGGAAGGCAAUACUCUUUAUGGCCUGUCAUCUUGACGCCAUACAAUCUCCCUCCGGAUAUGUGCAUGCAAAGAGAAUUUUUGUUCUUGAGUAUUCUAGUGCCUGGUCCAAAACAUCCAAAGCGAGCACUUGAUGUAUUUUUGCAACCUUUGAUCCAUGAGCUGAAGCUGUUGUGGCAUUUUGGCGAGGAGACAUGGGAUUAUUCGCAGCAGCAGAACUUCAAUAUGCGUGCAGUGCUUAUGUGGACCAUAAGUGACUUCCCCGCAUAUGGAAUGUUAUCGGGUUGGACCACACAUGGAAGAUUAUCAUGUCCAUAUUGUAUGGAGAAGACAGAUGCUUUUCAGCUGAAAAAUGGGAGGAAGUCAUGUUGGUUUGAUUGUCACCGUAGGUUUCUUCCGCCGCAUCAUACAUAUCGUAAGAACAAGAAAUUGUUUAGGAAAAACAAGGUGGUCCAUGCUCCUCCCCCAAUAAUGCAAUCAGGAGCAUCUUUGUUAGAGGAAAUUGACUAUUAUGGUGCUAACGAGACAUGUAAAGUUGGGGGAAAUUGGCACAUUCCAGCUAACAUGCCAGACGGGUAUACGACAUCUCAUAAUUGGCAUAAGAAGAGCAUAUUUUGGCAACUUCCAUAUUGGAAAGAUCAUCUCUUAAGGCACAAUCUUGAUGUGAUGCACAUAGAGAAGAAUGUUUUUGAGAGUAUCAUGAACACUCUUUUGAAUGUGAAGGGAAAGAGUAAAGAUAAUUUGAAAUCGAGGUUAGAUUUGCCGGAUUUAUGUGCAAGACCAGAGCUGCAUGUGACAAGAGAAGGAAAAUUACCAGUUCCGGAUUUUAGAUUGUCUGGGGUGGCAAAGCAAAAGUUGUUCGAAUGGGUAAAUUCAGAUGUGAAAUUCCCAGAUGGUUAUGUGUCAAAAUUCUCGAGAUGCAUCGAGAAUGGACAAAAAUUUUCUGGUAUGAAGAGUCACGAUUGUCACGUUUUCAUGCAACGACUCCUACCAUUCGCAAUGACGGAGCUAUUACUAAAACACGUCCAUGAAGCAAUAGCGGGAAUUGGAGCAUUUUUCAGGGAUCUAUGCACCCGAACAUUAACAAAGGAUGGGAUCGAUUUGUUAGCCAAGAAUAUUCCUGUUUUGCUUUGCAAUCUGGAAAAAGUCUUCCCCCCAUCUCUAUUUGACGUUAUGGUACAUCUCAUGAUUCAUCUACCUCUUGAAGCGGCUCUUGGGGGUCCUGUACAAUUCCGAUGGAUGUAUGUAUUUGAAAGAUUCAUGGGAUUUCUCAAAAAGUUUGCCAAAAAUCUUGCCAGAGUCGAGGGUUCGAUAGUUGCAGGAAGUCUUACGGUGGAAACUUCACACUUCACAUCCUACUACUUUAGCCCAACCGUUAUAACGAAGAAGACCGCUCCUAGACGAUACGACGAUGGAGGAGUUGCACCUUCAUAUCUUGUUAAAGACAUUCCUGACAUAUUUUGUCAGAUUGGAAGACUUGGUGGCAAAAUGAAAGAAGUUUGGUGGGAAGAUCAUGCACAUGCUCGUGCGGCUCAUGUUUAUAUUAUGCGAAACAUUGACUACUUGCAUGAGUUUGAAAGUAUAUUCAACUUACAAAUUCGAGAACACUAUCCUGAUUUAGAAGAAAAGGAUUAUGAGCAGUUGAACGAACGAGAUUAUCCUAGGUGGUUACAAUACUAUGUACGUACAACCUUUAGUCUUUUAAAUAUUAAGAUAAAUUAUUUAAAAUAUUUAUAUAUUUUGAGCAGGUGAAAAAUGGAUGUCAUGACAAACCAAUUCCACGAUGGUUGUAUGAAUUUGUUGACGAACCGGUUGCUAAGAUCACUACUGCUCCAAUGUACUUUACUCGUGGAUACACUUUUCAUACUUCCACACACGGCUCGAAGAGAUCAACGGCAAAUUUUGGAAUCCAAGUCCAAGGUGAAACUGACUUCUACGGUGUAUUGCAACAGAUCAUAGAAAUCACUUAUCCGGGAACCAUCAACUUAAAAUGCGUAUUAUUUAAGUGUGAUUGGUAUGAUCCAGCGAAUGGCCGAGGAGUCCGAACAAAUAACCUUGGGGUGAUCGAUGUCAAUGCAAAUAGAAGCUAUGCAAAAUUCGAACCCUAUUGCCUUGCAUCACAAGCAAAUCAAGUGUGUUUUCUUCAAUAUCCUAGGAUUAGAGAAAGACGUGAAAUGUGGUUAUCAGUGAUUAAAGUGAAUCCGCGUGGACGUAUAUUUGUCGGAGAAAUUGAAGAUGUCGCAAUGCAGGGCGAAAGAGUUGUUGAAAUGUCCGUCCCAACUGAAUCAACAGAGAAUAUCAUACACAUUGAUCCAAACAACCAAGAAGUAGAAGUCAUUGUUGAUGAUUCCACAGAAGGGUCUGUUUCGGAAGAAGAUGAGUUUGAUGCUGAAACUGAGGAAGAUGACACCACAAACGAUGAGGCUGAAACUAGUGAUAGUGAAAAUGUA